CGCCCGAAAUUUCCAGACUCAACAAACGCGGAAGCCAUCGUUCCCCAAUUUUAAGAGCCAUCCAACCAUAUUCCUGUAUUUUCUCAUAUCAAUCCUCUCUUCCUUUUGCGAAUCUAAUAAUCCCCCGAUCCAGAGGAGCACCUUCUUCGAUUUCCUAUCCUCCCUAACUGCCUCACGUUCCAUACCCCACCACCCUUCCAUCGAACUGUUAACCCUAAGAAUCCGCAAUUCCCAUUCCUAAAGAAAAACAAAAGGAAAAGGAGAUUUUUUAAUUGUAAUUUGAUUCUGGGUUUUCGAUUUGGAGCAGAGGCGAAACCCGACGGCGGUCGACGAGAUGUCCUCCGCGCUCGCUUUCCUCUCCCUUCAGCGGAGGAGAUUGCCGCUGGCGGGGGCGUUCUUCGCGCCGGCGGACUUCUCCGACCUCGCCCUCAUCCACACCCUCGCCAGCCUCACCGGCGAACUUAUCACCUCCCACAACAAUCCCCGGCCGUCCUCCCACGCCCAGUUCCAGCGACGGAACUCCGGAUCCCUCGUCCGGAAGGUCAAGAUCCUCCUUUGCCUCUUCGAAUUCCUUAAAGAUUCCUUAUCCUCUUCUUCCUCCCCUCCUCCUCCUUUCCCUCGCUCCGCUAUCCUUUGCUUUAGAGAGCUCUACAUCCUGGUCUAUCGGGCCAAGCUCCUUCUCGAUUAUUGCUCGCAGUCCAGCCGGCUUUGGCUCCUUCUCAGGAACCCCCAGAUCGCCGGCAAUUUUCAUGACCUCAACCAAGAAAUAGCCACGCUGCUCGACAUCCUCCCCCUCGAUGAUCUCCAUCUCUCCGCCGACGUCCAGGAGCAGAUCGAGCUCCUCCAUAGGCAGACCAGGAGGUCCAAGCUCUAUAUCCAUCCGCAGGACGAGGAGCUCCGCCGCAAGCUCUUCUCUUUCCUCAAUGAAUUCGAGCGGGGCGGGGUGCCGGACCCGGAGGAGCUGCGGGCGGCUUUUAUCGACCAGUUGGGAAUUCGAGAUGCCAAGGCUUGCCGUACCGAGAUUGAAUUCUUGGAAGAGCAGAUUUAUAACCAGGAAGAAGAUGCCGAUCUCUCCCUUCUCGGCGGGGUCGUGGCCCUCACUAGGUAUUGCAGGUUCCUGCUCUUUGGAUUUCAAGAGAUCGACGUCGAGAGAUGCAGCAAUCAAGCAAACAAAUUGAGAAACGGAUUGGCCAGCCAGGGGAGUUUGGAUUCCUCUUUCACCAUUCCCAAGGACUUCUGCUGCCCGAUUUCACUUGAUUUGAUGACAGACCCGGUGAUCACCUCCACCGGUCAGACGUAUGACCGUGCCUCGAUCACCCAAUGGAUGGGUGAAGGCCACUGCACCUGCCCUAAUUCUGGCCAGAUGCUCACCCACAACCGCCUCGUGCCCAAUCGCGCCCUUCGAAACCUAAUUUCUCAGUGGUGUACUGCUCAUGGAAUACCUUGUGACACCCCUGAGAGCGCUGAAGCUUCUGCCGAGAGCAUUGCCACCGCGUGCGCCAGCAAGGCCGCGGUAAAAGCCAACCAGGCGACGGCUAAAAUUUUGGUUCGGCAGCUUUCGACUGGGUCGGAGGAUGAGAUGACCGUCUCCGUCCGCGAGCUUCGGUUGCUGGCGAAGACUGCUAGGGAGAACCGGGCUUUCAUCGCGGAGAGCGGGGCGAUCCCGCUCCUCUCCCCGCUCCUCUAUUCGUGCAAUCCAGUUGCUCAAGAGAAUGCGGUGACUGCCAUAUUGAACUUAUCGAUUCACGAUGGCAACAAGAGCCGAAUUAUGGACGAAGAAGGGUGUUUGAGAUUGAUUGUUUGUGUUUUGAGACAAGGGUGGACGACGGAGGCGAGGGAGAAUGCAGCAGCCACGUUGUUCAGCCUGUCGGCAGUGCAUGAAUACAAGAAAAGGAUCAUCGAUGAGCCGGGUGCGGUGGAGGCAUUGGCGAACAUGUUGACCGAUGGGAGCCCGAGAGGGAGGAAGGAUGCUGUGAUGGCGUUGUUCAAUCUCUCGACUCACCCGGAAAGCUGGGUCCGGAUGAUGGACGUGGGGGCACUCUCUGCAUUGGUUGGAGCAGUGGAAGAUGAAGAGGUGGCCGAGGAGGCAGCGGGUGCACUGGCUUUGCUCAUGAAGGAGCCAAUUGUAGCAGAGGCGGUCGGGAGCGAAGAGGCUGCGAUCCAUAGUCUAAUGGGGCUGAUGAGGAGUGGAACUGCAAAGGGGAAGGAGAAUGCGGUCGCGGCGCUGCAGGAGCUGUGCCAGCGUGGUGGCUUCGCCUUGACCCAGAGGGUGGCGAGGAUGCCAUCCUUGGGUGUUUUGCUUCAGACUAUCUUGUUCACGGGGACGAAGAGGGCGAGAAGAAAAGCAGCCUUGCUCGCAAAGAUGUGCCAGAGGUGCGAGUCUCCAGCAAUGAUGGCACUAGGAAGUGGAUGGGCUUUUGAUCACGCAUCUGCGAGGGCCAACCCGUUGAGGCGGAGUUCGAGUUUUGGUAGCGGAGAUGUUUCAGUCUCAGUGCCAAUGGCCAUUUCGGUACCUGUGCUAUAGCCUGUAAGUUUUAGUUUUCUUUGUUACAUGACUGUCACUGUUGGUUAAGUUCAUUCAAAAAAAAAAAAAGAAAGAAAUUCUUUCAUUCAACCUUUGGGUGAGGGUAAGUAGCAGGAAAAAGAUGGACGAAUACUGUGAUAUUAUACAUGUUCUGUAAAUAAUCAGGCAUUUAAUUGUAGUUUCCUUCAGUUACUGUAUAUUGGUAUGGAAAAUCUUGUUUCGGCGAGCA